AUGCCAGGCGAGGUUAUCGACCGACCAAACCCGAGGCCUCCCCCGUCCCAGCUACCGGACUCGGUGGACGAGCUCAGGGUUCAACUUCAAACAGUCAAGCUGGACGAUGGGGUCCGUCGUUCGUUGGAGAAAUUCCGUCGAGCUACGGACUACAUUGCUGCGGGUGGGUUUUCAAUCCCAGCUUGUUAG